AUGGACCUUGCGGCGACAGCAGAGCCGGUCGCUGGCUCCCAGCACCUGGAAGUCCGCGACGAAGUGGCCGAGAAGUGCCAGAAACUGUUCCUGGAUUUCUUGGAGGAGUUUCAGACCAGUGAUGGAGAAAUAAAGUACUUGCAGUUGGUAGAGGAGCUAAUUCGUCCUGAGAGAAACACAUUGGCUGUGAGUUUUGUGGAUUUGGAACAGUUUAACCAGCAGCUUUCUACCACCAUUCAGGAGGAGUACUACAGAGUUUACCCUUACCUUUGUCGGGCCUUGAAAACCUUCGUCAAAGACCGUAAAGAAAUCCCUCUGGCCAAGGACUUUUAUGUUUCAUUCCAAGACCUGCCUACCAGACACAAAAUUCGAGAACUGACUUCCUCCAGAAUUGGUUUACUGACACGUAUCAGUGGGCAGGUGGUCCGGACUCACCCUGUUCACCCAGAACUGGUCAGUGGGACUUUUUUGUGCUUGGACUGCCAAACGGUGAUCAAGGAUGUAGAACAGCAGUUUAAAUACACACCACCAAACAUCUGCCGAAAUCCAGUUUGUGCCAACAGGAAGAGAUUCUUGCUGGAUACAAACAAAUCAAGAUUUGUUGAUUUUCAGAAGGUUCGGAUUCAAGAGACUCAAGCUGAGCUUCCUCGAGGGAGUAUCCCUCGCAGUUUAGAAGUGAUCCUGAGAGCUGAAGCUGUCGAGUCAGCUCAAGCUGGGGACAAGUGUGACUUUACAGGGACCCUGAUUGUUGUACCUGAUGUCUCCAAACUUAGCACACCAGGGGCACGUGCAGAAACAAACUCGCGCGUCAGUGGUGUGGAUGGCUAUGAAACCGAAGGCAUCCGAGGCCUCCGGGCUCUUGGUGUCAGAGACCUUUCUUACAGGCUGGUCUUUCUUGCCUGUAGUGUUGCACCAACCAACCCAAGGUUUGGAGGGAAAGAGCUCCGAGAUGAGGAGCAGACAGCAGAGAGCAUUAAAAACCAGAUGACUGUGAAGGAGUGGGAGAAGGUGUUUGAAAUGAGUCAAGAUAAAAACCUAUACCACAACCUUUGUACCAGCCUAUUUCCCACUAUCCAUGGUAAUGAUGAAGUAAAGCGAGGUGUCCUCUUGAUGCUCUUUGGUGGUGUUCCAAAGACAACAGGGGAAGGGACCUCUCUUCGAGGAGACAUCAAUGUUUGCAUUGUUGGUGACCCAAGUACAGCCAAGAGCCAGUUUCUCAAGCAUGUGGAAGAGUUCAGCCCCAGAGCUGUCUACACCAGUGGGAAAGCUUCCAGUGCUGCGGGCUUAACAGCAGCUGUCGUAAGAGAUGAAGAAUCACAUGAGUUUGUCAUUGAGGCUGGAGCUUUGAUGUUGGCUGAUAACGGGGUGUGUUGUAUUGAUGAAUUUGAUAAGAUGGAAACGAGGGAUCAAGUGGCUAUUCAUGAAGCUAUGGAACAGCAGACCAUCUCCAUCACGAAAGCGGGAGUGAAGGCCACUCUGAAUGCCAGAACGUCCAUUUUGGCCGCAGCAAACCCUGUCAGCGGACACUAUGACAGGUCAAAGUCAUUGAAACAGAAUAUAAAUUUGUCGGCACCUAUCAUGUCCCGAUUUGAUCUCUUCUUUAUACUUGUGGAUGAAUGUAAUGAGGUUACUGAUUAUGCUAUUGCCAGGCGAAUUGUUGAUUUACAUUCAAGAAUUGAGGAGUCAAUUGAUCGUGUCUAUUCCCUUGAUGAUAUUAGGAGGUAUCUUCUCUUUGCAAGACAGUUUAAACCCAAGAUCUCCAAGGAGUCUGAAGACUUCAUUGUGGAACAGUACAAACGUCUCCGCCAGCGGGAUGGCUCCGGCAUCACCAAAUCGUCAUGGCGGAUCACAGUGCGACAGCUCGAGAGCAUGAUCCGGCUCUCCGAAGCCAUGGCCCGCAUGCAUUGUUGUGAUGAGGUCCAACCCAAACACGUGAAGGAAGCCUUCCGAUUACUGAAUAAAUCAAUCAUCCGUGUAGAAACACCUGAUGUCAAUCUAGAUCAAGACGAGGAGACCCAGAUGGAGGUGGACGAGAGCCCAGCUGGCAUCAAUGGCCAUGCCGACAGCCCAGCUCCUGUGAAUGGCCUUGGGGACCACGUUCAUGAUGUAAACCAAGAACCUGUCCCCAAAGCAGCCUUGCGCCUGAGUUUCUCGGAGUACUGCAGAAUCUCUAACCUUAUUGUGCUUCACCUCAGGAAGAUGGAGGAAGAAGAGGAUGAGUCAGCAUUGAAGAGGAGCGAACUUAUUAACUGGUAUUUGAAAGAGAUUGAAUCAGAAAUAGACUCUGAAGAGGAACUUAUAAAUAAAAAGAGAAUCAUAGAGAAGGUCAUUCAUCGGCUCACACACUAUGAUCACGUUCUAAUUGAACUCACCCAGGCCGGACUGAAAGGCUCUACAGAUGGAAGUGAGAGCUAUGAAGAAGAUCCCUACCUGGUAGUUAACCCUAACUACCUGCUGGAGGACUGA